AUGGAUUCUAACAAGGUCCCCGUGGAACCUAAGAAGCGCCGUAUCGGUGUGCUCACCUCCGGUGGUGAUGCUCCCGGUAUGAACGGCGCCGUGCGGGCUGUUGUCCGUAUGGCUAUUCACUGCGACUGCGAGGCUUAUGCCAUCUUCGAAGGAUACGAGGGAUUGGUGAAUGGCGGCGACAUGAUCCGUCAGAUGCACUGGGAGGAUGUCCGUGGUUAUUUGUCCCGCGGAGGUACCCUGAUUGGUUCUGCUCGUUGCAUGACUUUCCGCGAGCGUCCCGGCCGAUUGCGUGCGGCCAAGAACAUGAUCCUGAAGGGUAUUGAUGCUUUGGUUGUCUGCGGUGGUGAUGGUAGUUUGACCGGUGCCGACGUCUUUCGUGCUGAGUGGCCCGCCCUGCUGGCUGAUCUCGUUAAAGCUGGUGAAUUGACCAAGGAGCAGGUGGAGCCCUACAAGGUUCUGAACAUCGUCGGUCUUGUGGGAUCCAUCGACAACGACUUGUCUGGUACUGAUGCCACCAUUGGCUGCUAUUCAUCCCUAACCCGUAUCUGUGAAGCCGUCGACGACGUCUUCGACACCGCAUUUUCACAUCAACGAGGAUUCGUUAUCGAAGUCAUGGGUCGCCACUGCGGUUGGCUCGCCCUGAUGGCGGCCAUUAGCACUGGUGCGGAUUGGCUAUUCAUUCCUGAGAUGCCCCCAAGGACGAACCGUCACGACCGAGGCAAGCGCCGUACUAUCGUUAUUGUUGCCGAGGGUGCGCAGGACCGCCAACUCAACAAAAUUUCUAGCGACAAGAUCAAGGACAUCCUUACAACACGACUGGGCCUGGAUACCCGAACGACCGUCCUCGGCCACACACAACGUGGUGGAGCUGCAUGUGCAUAUGACCGCUGGCUGUCAACAUUGCAGGGUGUUGAGGCUGUUCGUGCCGUACUGGAGAUGACACCACAGUCCCCCUCGCCCGUCAUUACCAUUCGCGAGAACAAGAUCGAGCGCACACCCUUGAUGGAUGCCGUUCAGCUUACCAAGAAUGUGACAGACAAGAUUAACAACAAGGAUUUCGAGACUGCAAUGACCAUGCGUGAUGCGGAAUUUAAGGAAUACUACCGAGCAUACUUGAACACCGCAACUCCGGAUCACCCAAAGCUGUACCUGCCUGAAAAUAAGAGAAUGCGCAUUGCCAUCAUCCACGUUGGUGCUCCCGCUGGUGGUAUGAAUCAGGCCACCCGCGCCGCCGUAAACUACUGCCGGACCCGCGGCCACACCCCCCUUGCCAUUCACAACGGUUUCCCCGGUCUCUGUCGUCACAGUGAGGACACACCUGUCAGUUCAGUCCGAGAGGUCACCUGGCUCGAGUGCGACAGCUGGGUCAAUGAAGGUGGUUCAGACAUUGGUACUAACCGCAGUCUGCCUGGGGAGGAUUUGGAAACCACCGCGAAGUGUUUCGAGCGCCACCAGUUCGAUGCUCUGUUUGUGAUAGGUGGAUUUGAGGCAUUCACAGCAGUUAGUCAGCUACGCAAGGCUCGUGCCCAAUACGAUGCUUUCAAGAUCCCUCUUGUUGUGUUGCCCGCCACCAUUUCGAACAACGUUCCAGGAACCGAGUACUCUCUUGGCAGUGACACUUGCUUGAACACCUUGAUUGAAUUCUGUGAUGCCAUUCGCCAGUCUGCAUCGUCCUCUCGUCGCCGUGUCUUCGUUAUCGAGACCCAGGGAGGAAAGUCCGGCUACAUCGCAACCACGGCCGGUCUGGCCGUUGGUGCGGUCGCUGUGUACAUCCCCGAGCAGGGCGUCGACAUCAAGACCCUAUCGAACGAUAUUGACUUCCUACGCGACAAUUUCCGUCGCGACAAGGGUGCCAAUCGUGCUGGAAAGCUGAUUCUCCGCAACGAAUGCGCCUCUAGCACUUACACCACCCAGGUUAUUGCUGACAUUAUCAAGGAGGAGGCCAAGGGCCGUUUUGAGUCCCGUGCUGCUGUGCCUGGUCACUUCCAGCAGGGUGGUAAGCCCUCGCCCAUGGACCGUGUUAGAGCACUGCGCAUGACCAUCAAGUGCAUGCAACAUAUUGAGGAGUUCGCUGGUAAAAGCCGUGAUGCCAUUGCCGCUGAUAAGAUGAGUGCGGCUGUCAUUGGCAUCAAGGGUUCCCAGGUGCUGUUCGGCCCUAUGGGUGGCGAGAAUGGAUUGGAGGCUACCGAGACCGACUGGGCUCGCCGUCGUCCCAAGGAUGAGUUCUGGCUUGACCUGCAGGAGACAGUCGAUGUUUUGUCUGGACGAUCUGCUUCCCGCCGUAACCAGGAAACCUGGGGCUGCUAUGAGAGUACGUAA